UCCGCACUCAGUGAAGAUUAGCUUGCCUUGAGUCCCUCCCCUUGCCCCUGCUGUUACGCACUGGGGAGUCCGCUGUCGGCUGGUACCAGACGCCCUCGAAUAACCAAACAUCGGGCGGUUGACUUCCAGGGAGAUAUUUCGAGGACCAGCCGCCUGUAACUGACUGGACAGCCGAGCCUUCGAAUGGAAGCGGAUGGUUUCGUGUCCAGGCGGCGAAUGUCCGUGGACACGACGAGCGCUGACGGCGGGGUCACAGGCGCUGCAGCUGGGGCGGACAUCCGAUGGCUGGGCGGCAGGAUUUUGAACGCUACGGGGGGAAUCGUUGGAGGGCUCACGCCGCCCAGGAUAACGGGGGAAAAAGACUUUGCUGUGGCGAUGCAUCGCCCUGCUCCCGAACCCACCACGGCUACCGAGCCUGAAAUUGACUAUGAGGGUCUACCUCAAGGUGUAGCUACCAGCACACACAUGUUGGCGGGUGCCGUGGCUGGAAUCAUGGAACACUGCCUCAUGUACCCCAUUGAUUGUGUCAAGACCAGGAUGCAGAGCCUGCAGCCCCAGCCCGGAGCACGGUACAGGAACGUGAUGGACGCCCUGCGGCAGAUCGUGCGUACGGAGGGGGUGUGGCGGCCGGUGAGGGGCGUGAACGUCAUGGCGGUGGGGGCGGGGCCAGCGCACGCGCUCUACUUCGCCUGCUACGAGAAGAUCAAGUUCUCCCUCAGUGACGCCGUGCACCCCGGGGCCAACAGCCACUUCGCCAACGGAAUGGCAGGUUGUAUGGCCACAGUGCUCCAUGAUGCAGUCAUGAACCCAGCUGAAGUGGUGAAGCAGCGCAUGCAGAUGUACAACUCCCCGUACCGCGGCGUGCUGGACUGCAUCGGCGCGGCGUGGCGCGGCGAGGGCCCGGCGGCGUUCUACCGCAGCUACACCACGCAGCUGACCAUGAACGUGCCCUUCCAGGCGCUGCACUUCAUCACCUAUGAGUACCUGCAGGAGCUGCUCAACCCUCUGCGCCACUACAACCCCUCCUCGCACGUGGUGUCCGGGGCGCUGGCCGGCGCCAUCGCCGCCGCCGCCACCACGCCGCUGGACGUGUGCAAGACCCUGCUCAACACGCAGGAGGCGCUGGCGCUCACGGCCGAGGGAGCCGCCGCCGCCGCCGCCGGGGGGGAGGGGGUUGCCGCGGCGACGGCCAGAGGCGGAGGAGGUGGAGGAGGAGGGGGGCGCCAUAUCUCGGGGCUGGGGGAGGCGUUCAGGACGGUGUACAGGAUGGGCGGGGCCCAGGCGUUCUUCAAGGGCGUCCAGGCCAGGGUGAUCUACCAGAUGCCCUCCACCGCCAUCAGCUGGUCGGUGUACGAGUUCUUCAAGUACCUCAUCACCAAGCGUCACUACGAGAGGCGGCUCAGAGACCGCGACUCCGACAAGUAGAGGAGGAGGAGGAGGAGGAGGAAGACGACGGGCUUCAAUCCAUAUGGCCGACUGAAGAGUUUCUCUUCUUGGAGAUGUGUGAAAGCUAACAGAAAGUUGCCACACCUCCCCUCUCUCUUACUCAUACACACAUACACAUGAUCUCUCUCUCUCUCACUGCAUUCUCUCACUGUAGAGAAGAACCCCUCCUUCCCCAAACCAAUAGGAUGUAGACAUACAUUGAGAAACGCGCACUUUAAUUUGGGAACGUAUAUCUCUGAAUUUUCUUCAGCGGCCACCAGGGGGUGCUGGUGGGCAGGGGGCUCCGUUUAUAAGCAGACAUGUUGGAACAGAACCUGCAAGUGUGUGUACAUUUUUAAUGGAGGAUUUUUGAGGUUUCUAAAAGAUUGAGAACGUCUUUUAUCACGGUUUGAGCAUGCGUUCAUAAAACGAGACACAUUUUUAUUCGGAGGAUGACAUCUGUGUUUUAUGAUCUUGUCCUCAUGAAAGCGGAAAAUAAAUUGUAAUAUACAAGUUAAUAUAAAUUAACAGAACUUACCACAUUCAUCUCUGAAGACAUCGACAUGAUUCGGAAUAAUAUAUUGCCGUGGUCGUGUAUAAAUCUGACUGGGGAGCCAUUUUGAUGUGAAAUGCGCUCCUUCCUUGACCUGUGUGGCAGUGGUGUGUGUGAUAGUAUGCUUGAUUAAGUGCGGCAGGAGAUGAGCAUAUUUUCAGAUAGAAAAAGUAAAGGCGCUACACGAAAUGCCUUAGUGGGAGCAUAAUUUCUGGAAAGAUGCACAGCUUUUUGGCACUUCCAGGUAACGGCCGCAGAGUUAAGUAACCAAAUUAAUGUCUGUGGUAGCCAGUUAUUUGUUGAGUAACUUGAGUAACAUUAUUACUACUCCAACACUUGGCCUUGUUUGAAACAGCCGCCAUGCAGCCAACGCACAAUCAUAACUCACGAGUUCUGUCAUUUUCGAAGCCAUAUAACUUAGAAUGGUAGCCUAAUGUUGAUUAUAGAACACACACACAUAAAUCUUCAAAAUUCUUUGUCUGCUCAGGUGUGCUUUGUAAUAAAGUCAACCUGUAUAGGCAAUAUGUAAACAAAGUAAUUUUGGCAUGACCCUUACUGUGGAAUAACCUAAUGGGUUUUACAUUGAACUGCACAUCUUGACACAGGUAAAGCCCUGACGUUAUUCAUUGGAAUGGAAGCAUUUGGUAGAGAAAUUAUUUUACUUGGGUGCGAAUGGAUUGAAUGGGGGAAAGACUGUUUCAAACAACAAUUGACUUUAAAAAAGAUUUUUUGUUUUCUUGCCGAAUGCCAUGUUGACGGUUAGAAACCAAAGACUGAACAGGCUUAAGAUGCAGAGCGAGUUAGAUGUGGAUGAUAAUGUGUGUGUGUGGAACGCAAGCAUACCGAUGGAAAGAAAAAUACAAAACUUUAAGCAUAAAUAGAAGCUACUUCCUGUAUAGAGAAGACUUCCUGUAUUAUCUGUGAAUUGUAAAUAAAGUCGCUAUGGCAGCUCCUCGCAGAAGCAGGGUCUUCUCUUGGUGCUGGCGAUCCCGCUGAGAGAAACGAAA